AUUUUUGGUGAAUUGCAGUGGCACAGAUCGGGCAGACCGCAUUUAGGUGGCGGUGAGGGAGCAGCACCUGAAACUGCCUUUCUUUCAAGAAAACACAGGGAUCCACCGGUGGGGCGACUUAGUAGUAGCGGGAGGGAGGAGGCGCUUUCCCCCUUCCCCCACCCCACCCCACCCCACCCACGGCACUAUCUUAUGGGGACGGAGAAAGGGCAGUCCAGGAGGGCUGCCUCUUCGUCUCCCUGGUCUCCAGAGUGAGCUCUCUCGGCUCAGGCCAGAGCGAAAGCGAAAGCAACCCUGGGCUCGGUCCGCCUCGGCUGGCCAGGGCUUCCUGUGCCGCCCCUGGUCUCUCUCGCUUCGGACCUAAGCGGAAAGAGCAAGACCCCUCGUCUCCGGCAGCGCCAUGCACCGUGCCAGGCAGGAUGAAGUGGAGAAUGGUCUUUGGUCUUCAUUUUCCUUCAGAUUCACAGCCUGACCAGUGAUCCUUCAACAGUGGGGUUUUUAUCCUGACAAUGUGACAGCAACUUGAAUGGUUCACAGGUGGAGGCCAAUGGCAAGCUGGAGAAAAGUGUCCGUCGACUACGAGAGAAAUUCUACGGGAUAGUGAGCAUCAAGACUGCCACGGUGCUGAUGCGGAAGUUCUUCAACAAUCACCACCUCGUCUGCAAUUACAUCAUCCUCUGCAAAAAUGAGCUGGAAGAUACAGACCCAGAAGAUGGAGACAGCCUUGCUGAUGAUCCUGUGGCUUUGAAAGUGGUGGAUAAACUGGAAAAAGAAGAGGAGGAGGAGAAACAGAAACCAAAUGGCAAGAAUGAUGAGAAAAUCAAGGAGGUUGCUCAGCAGCUGAAGCUCUUGCCUCUGACGCAGAAAAACCUGCACAUGUUUGACAAUGCCCAAAAGAACUGCAUCCCCACUGAAGACCGUCAGUUCUCCUGCCAGCCCUGUGACAGUAUGUGGUGGCGGCGAGUCCCUGAGAGAAAACAGGUGUCCCGUUGCCACCUGUGUGGGAACCACUACGACCCGGUGCCAGAAAACAAAAUGUGGGGCAUAGCAGAGUUCCACUGUACCUCUUGUGGGCGCACUUUCAGGGGUUCGGCUCAGAUGGGGACCCCGUCUCCAUGCUACAGUUGCCAUAGCCCUGUACUCCCGAGGUUUAUCAUCCCACCUCGCAAGCCCCAGGGGCCAAGAAGCAGGCAGCAGCAUUCGUGCUUUGCAGAAGAUUGCUACAACCGAAGAGGUGAGGCUGGAUGUACAGUGACAAGCUGUAUUGUGGACAAGAGCUGUAUCGUGGGUCCAUUCCAUGCCUUGUUCCAGUACAGAAGUAAAUGGUGGCCUGAGGUGGAGGAGGGGGAAGAGAUUCACUGCCAGAUAGAGACUUUGGAAGCAGGAAGUCUAGAAAGAUCCUCACAUACCAGGAACUCACUGUGUGCAUCCCCAAAGCCGUAUCAAGAAUGGCUUGCCCAAAGUGAUUUGCCCAAGCCAAGAGCACGACAGCACUGGCUCCACUGUGGCCACCUGCUUGAGUCAAGGCAGCCUGGCAUUCUGUGACAUCAAUGAGCUCAUCCUGGAGGACCUGAAGGAAAUGGAUGAAGAGGAGGAUGGCGAGAGCAGCAGUUAAUCCCCUGGAUGACUGGAGCAGGCCACUCAUCACAAAAGAUGGAUGCCAGUUGCAAACUGCGGAAGGUGGCUGAGGAAGGAGUCUUGUUUUACUUCAGUCCUGCCAAUUCUAAUAAUGCGUGUGGAUGACAGUUCCUCAUGCCAUGGUGUACUUAUUGAUCAUUUCUGGGGCUCUCUGGCAUUGCACUUUAUCUUUUUCUCUGGCUUUUCUCUGCUUUUGUUGUCAAUCUUUGAUUUGUUCUGGAGGGGUCAUCUUCUAGGCAUAUCUAAACCACAGAUUUAAACUGGUUUCAAUGGUCAUUUUUUCUCCUCGGAGAACCUGCUUUGAGUUCUGUGAUGUGGCCUUGAAGUUUGAAGGAAUCAGUUCUCAUCACCCUCACCAAACUAUGAUUCCCAGGAUCCUUUGGGUGAAGUUAACUGGUAAAAAAACUAGCAUUGUGUGGAUAUGUCCCAUCUUAUGUCCAGUCUGCCCUCCUUGACAUCUCCCAUUGGUGCUAGUUGUCUGUGAAACUAGGCACAGUCUUAACCAGGUGGUAAACUCCACCUGAAAAGAAUCAAGAGGGUUUUGAAAGACGAGACAUCCAUCUCGUUCAGCAUAUCUUCUACCAGCUCUUUGAACUUUCAUAUGCAGUUGGCAUGAGAGGAUCACGUGUGUGCAUGCUGCAGGGCAAAUGUCUGCUCGGCUUGUAGGUAGUUUACAUUAUAUCAGAAUUGUCUAACCUGUGGCUCUGCAGAUGUUGUAGGACUCCCAUCAGCUGCAACCAGUGUGACAAAUAGCCAGGGAUGAUGGGAGUUGUAGUUCUGCAACCUCUUGGAAGGCCCUAAAUUCCCCGUUCAUGUAUUUGAUGGACUUGCCAUUAGAAAAAAAUGCAUGCUGCUUCAAGCUCUAGGAAAACCAACCAAACCCAGGAAGACAGAGGCCAAUUUGCUUUUUUUGUUACUAGCUUGCUGCUGCUUCUGCUGCUGCUUGCACAGGAUCUAAAGAUUAGGUGGCCAAGACUGAAAGGGGUGAUGUCUUUCCUUAGGGAGGUUGCAGGAAGAAUGUGAACAUUCUGCCUCUCCUAAAACUCCUUCAGCUAAAAAUGAAAAGAUGUUCUUAGUAUUAGGAAAGCAGAGGUCAGUGGAGUGGAUAGGGGCAGUAAUAUCUAGUUUAUAUUUGGCCUCCAGUUUCCUACCACUUAAGCUGUUGGGACCAAAAAUCAGGGAUGGAGAAGUCAGAGGGGCACUGCCAGGGGCACCUGUGAGGGGGAAAACCCAAGUACCCUGGCCCCCAAGCAAUUUGGGCCCCUGAAAAUUGAUUAAGAAAAAAUUGUUUUCUUUCCCCUUAUUCACACAGCAGGCAUUAACAGCAAACCCUGUGUGUCUAGGGAAAAGCAGAGAGGUCAAGCUCACCUCUCUGCAAAAAUUCCUGAGCAAUCACUCCGUGCCAAAAAGAUGGCUAAAACCAUGACCGAAGAUCAUUAAUUUAGUAUUGUUAAGCCAUCUCUUAGUUAAUACAUUUUUACUAUUUGAUCUCGGAACCCGUGGUUUCUGAGCUGUCCUGUUGAAAAGCAAAAGACUUCAGUUAAAAGAAAUCUUUAUAAAGGAAAAUCUAAGUAGAUGGAAAUUUUAGCUUGAUACUGAUUUUAUUAUGGCAUGAUGUAUUCCAUAAAAUCAUUAAGUGUGUUCUUGAGGUAAGGGGUAUUUUGAGAUGGGCUGCCUUUGUUCAUUUCUCUGUGUUUGAUGGAGAAGUGGCUGGCUCAGAUUUACUCUUUUUCCUUUUCUGUGUUCCCUAAUCAUUCUUUAUAUUAUAUUAACGUUAUGUGGUUAUAACACGGUGAUUUAAAUUAAUUUCUCUUUAUAGCAAGAUAGCAAGAGGAAUUUCACAUGGAACUCCCAGUCACUCUAGGGAGAGCCAGAUUUGGCUUGUAGUCAUGACUUCAACCAAGGAACAUGCUGUUUUGUCCUAAGAGAUGUUCCUUGACCAGCUUGAAUAGAAAGGAAUGUAAUGGUACACAUAGGUUUCAGAACAGUACAGAAUCAUCAGUAAUGUAUGACAGUUGAAUAGUGGUAAAUCAGCAAAAGGGACAGGUUGACAUCAAUGAACACAAUGGGAGAUGGGAGGUAUGAAUAUGCAGGUAUUCAUUUUAAUAAAAUUAUCUGGUUGGUUGGAAAUAUUUCAGGAGGGAAGAACUAUUACAAAGAACUUGGAGAAUUGGUUAAAUCAUGUUCACAUGUUGUAAUGGUAUCCUAUAAAACAUCUGUGCACACUAUAUUUCUUUACAGUCCCUCUCAGAUUUCUGAUGGGCUGUCCCUGCAUAUGCUUGUACCGGAAAUAAAGGCCUACCUUUUUGCUUUAA